AUGGGGAUUCAGAAUAUUUUGAUUAUCUUGAGCAUUGUCGCCUGCCUCAUGUCGACAUCUAUGGCCACACCAGGAAUUGCUACUUACUACACGACCUAUAUUCCAUCAGCAUGCUACAAUUAUACCCAAGAAGGUGUGAUGAUUGCAGCAGCAGGUGACGCCAUAUGGAACAAUGGUGCGGCAUGUGGGAAAUUUGUCACGGUUAAAUGCACAGGUCCUAGGAAUCUCGCACCGCCUCCUUGCACCAAUGAAAACGUAACGGUAAAAAUUAUAGAUCAUUGUCCCGGAUGUCCAUUUACUCUCGACCUUUCUAAAGAGGCUUUCACCAAAAUCGCUAACCCUAUGGGGGGAAUAAUUAAUAUUGAUUAUUAUCUGUAA